AGCGUCAGGAAAGAGAUCAGUCAUCAGUUCCGCCGUCGCAAUGGAAUCAAACAAGGACGAAGCGGAACGCUGCAUUGAAAUUGCCAUCGCAGCACUGCGAGAUAAUCGACACGACAAAGCCAGACGCUUUUUAGAAAAGGCACAGAGACUGUUUCCCACCGAGAAGGUGAAAGCUUUACUAGAAUCUAUUGCUGAGAACGGAGGACCUUCCACAAAUAAAGAAAACAUUGGAGAAAAUGACGGUGCUGGUUUACGAAGCAGACUGCACAGCAAUGAAGAACACUCCUCUGAACAUGGUGCCACAGAGUCAUCCAAACCCUAUACGACAGAACAGCUGGAUGCUGUCAAAAGAAUUAAGAGGUGUAAGGACUAUUAUGAAAUUCUUGGCGUCACUAAAGAAGCCACUGAGGAUGAUCUAAAAAAAGCUUACCGAAAGUUGGCUUUGAAGUUUCAUCCAGAUAAAAACCACGCGCCUGGUGCCACUGAAGCAUUUAAAGCUAUAGGUAAUGCUUAUGCAGUUUUAAGUAAUGCUGAAAAAAGGCGACAAUAUGAUGUCUAUGGAGAAGAGAAAGCCAAUCCGUCUCAUCAAAGGACCCAUCACAGAAAUUUUGAGGCUGAUAUUUCCCCUGAAGACCUCUUUAAUAUGUUCUUUGGAGGUGGUUUUCCAACUAGUAAUGUGCAUGUGUACAGCAAUGGCAGGAUGAGGUUUGGUCAUCAACACCGACAUGAACGACGAGAACAGCACAGAGAGGGUGGCCUUGCUUUGUUUGUACAGCUCAUGCCUAUACUCAUACUGAUCAUAGUCUCAGCUCUCAGCCAGAUGAUGGUUUCCAGUCCCCCAUAUAGCCUCAGCCAUAGAUCAUCCACAGGUCACAUACAUAAGCGACACACUACCACUUUGAAGGUGCCUUACUAUGUGGCCGAUCACUUCUCAGAGGAAUAUACAGGAAUGAAACUGAAGAAUGUUGAACAAAAUGUGGAAGAGGACUUCAUAUCAAACCUGAGGAACAACUGCUGGAAAGAGAAACAACAGAAGGAAGGCUUGUUGUAUCGUGCGCGUUAUUUUGGAGACACGGACUUGUACCAAAGGGCGCAAAAAAUGGCAACACCCAGUUGCUCAAAGCUUUCAGACAUACAAGUUCUGUUAUAUGGACCAUGAGUAGCAAAAAGUCCUGCUUUGAAGGUGAUGAUUUUGUACAGAAAUGGUCUUCUGUUCUAAAUUGGGACAGUGCAUUGUACCUGUUGAAGCAAGGAGCAAAGUAGCCGGUGCCACAGGGGCUUUGUCAUUCAAAAUUUCUGGAAAGCUGCGACUCCUGGAAGAUCUUAAUAUUGAUUUAAAAAUGCGUUGAAUUAAGAAUGAAAAAUAGAUAGUUGAGAGAGAAGUAAAUGGCUGUUUAUUGGUAAUCAAUGCUGCUAGCUUACUGCUUUUAUAUUUACAACUCUCAAGCAUUUUUCAAACCCAUAUUUGGGUUUUCUGAGCCAACUGUAAAAUUUCAGUAGUUCUGGAUCUGUGUAUUUGACCACAGGAAAUUAAAGCAUAACGCUAGGGUCAUUCACCAUUUAAUGAAUUGUUCACUGUGGUUUUGCCUGUUAGAUUUUUAAAAAGAAUGUUUAAGAUUGAUGCAAAUGAGAAAAUAAUAUUUGUAUUUAUUAAAUUGUAUCAUACUAUAACUUCUCCAUUUAAUUUAUUCCUUACGAUAGAAAAGGACCAUUGUAAGCAUUAAUUUUUUUUUUAACUAUAAAUGUUUUGAAGUGUAGAUUGAGUUCUGAAGCAUAUUCAAGUGCCUUGCCAUCUCCAGUCUUGCAGUAUACUGUUACUCCCCACAUGUAAUAUAGGAAGAUAAAAGCAUCAGUGUUUGGACUGAUGUGUUUAGUGUUUUGACCAAAUAGUCUUGUCCCCCAUGUUUCACAUUCUCGUAGUUCCAUGUAACAUUUUAUGUAAAAAGCCUGUAAUGUACACAAUAUAGUUACUCUAAAAGACAUGACAUAAAAAGUAAUAAAUUUUCUUUCUAAAAUG